AUGGCUUCCUCGUCAUCAUUAAUUGCUACCGCUCAACCGUCCUCCUCAAUCAAACGACAACCAAAUGCUUCCCAUCAAGAAAUUGAAUAUGAAAACACACCCUCGUCGCCACAAAUCUCACCGUCACAAACAUCAUUUCAACAACUCUUGGAACCUUGGUUCGAAAUCACACCAACCCAGCAUCAAGACCCAUCAUCUUCUGUCGAACAAUUUGAACCUAUUCCUCGAUCCGUGAUGCCAUCCGACUCAAUUCGUGCUGCUGGUCAUAGUUUACAAUCUAUCACCAAUACAACGUCUGGUUUAUUCCCAGCAGCCAACACGACGCCAUCCUUCGAACUCUUCAAUUUGAUUUCGCCUGACUAUAAUCCCUAUGUAAAUGAACGCAUCAAUGGAUUAUUUGCAAACAACUCACCCGUAUAUAAUCCUAACGCAAGUGCAACGUAUAAUGUUUCAUUGUCCAACAAUUCACCCGUAUACAAUCCCAAUGCAAGUGAAAUUUUCAAUGGGUUAUUUGCGAGAAAUUCACCUGUCUACAAUCCAAAUGCAAGUACCUCGUAUAAUGUACACUUUCCAAAUAAUUCACCUGUUUAUAAUCCCAAUGGAAGUGAAAUUUUCGAUUGGCUAUCUUGGAGGAACGGUGGUUAUUUUCAAUUCGAGAACGAAACAAAUUCAUCAAAUCAAUUUUCACAAAGUUCCCUCCAUUCAACUUCAAGUCAGCCAACGACCAACCAUCAACAAUUCAACCAAUCUGAUCUCGGUCUCAACAAUCAAGAUGAUCAGGCGCUAUUUGUAGGCGACACUGAAUGGGAAACUAUUCUCCCUCCCUGUGAUCCAAUUCCACUAUUGGUAUUACCGUUGUCUGAUCUUCCACCACUUCAAGGUCUUAAACGGUCUCGAUCUUUUGAUUCAUAUCCACCUCUUUGUCUUCUCGAAUCAAGUCAGCCGAAUCACAAUUCCGAUCUUGAUACACGUCCAUCUAAGAAAUUAAAGAAAUCAAAUUAA